AUGGAGGAGAAUGAGAGGACGAAGAAGAAGAAGCGUCGAGGAUCAGUUCCAGGAUGCAUAGUUGUUCCAAGGGACAUGUAUGGUACCAAUUUGCGGAUCAUUGUCCAAGAUCGAUUGUUUCAGAGGUUCACUUCAAGGACAGCUCCGGAGUUGGAGUACGUGGUGAAUGCGAACAAGCACACCAUGGGAUACUACCUUGCUGAUGGUAUCUACCCUUCUUGGUCAACAUUUGUGAAGACCAUCAGCAAUCCAGAAGGGAACAAGAAGAAGCAUUUUGCAACUGUGCAAGAAGCGGUGAGGAAGGAUGUUGAAAGAGCAUUUGGUGUGCUACAAGCUCGGUUUGUAAUGGUGAGAGGGCCAGCAAGAUGGUGGGACAAGAAAACUCUUUGGUACAUCAUGACAGCUUGUGUGAUCCUACACAACAUGAUCAUUGAUGAUGAGCGCGGUGAGGACGUGGACUUUGAAUAUGAUCAAGAUGAUACCGAAGUGUUGACAAAGGCGGACUACGAGGGUCGUGAUCCACUUGUGCUACCGAAGUUCUUGGCGAUACACAAACGUAUCCAGAGUAGGCAUACUCAUGAUCAGCUAAGAGAUGAUCUUGUUGAGCACUUGUGGGCGCGACACGGUGCUCAGUAG